AUGGUAUCAGGCCUGGGACAAUCUGGUGCUGCGGAGGCUCUAGCAAAGGAACUGUUGAGUGUCCAUCCUGAUCCUCAAAGGAUAUCACUAGCAAUACUAACUGCUUCAAGCAGUUAUACAAAUGUUACUACUGUGCAGGUUUCAACUGGAAGUAAAACUUAUACUGUCAAAGUGCCAUCUGAUCUGACAAAUGAUGAGCUCAAAAAUUGGCUUAAACUUUUAUGCGUGGGACUGGAGUGUUGUGUGGGAAUGAUUGAAUUGGAUACAGGAGAGGCUGCGGGACGGCCCUGUGUUCUUUGUGGAGAAUCAACAUCAAAUGGUGUUUCAUCUGCUACUAAAAGACCUAUUAAUGAAUUACCAUCUAAUAAUGGUGUUAAUGGAUCCGGUGAAACUUCGGGUUGUAAAAUGGCACGUGUUUCACCCGAGAGGCCAGAACCGGCGUCUUCGACUACCGGCGCUCCGCCCCCGCCUUCACCCGCAGUGCCACCCGCCGAUUGGUCGGUAGAAGAUGUCAUCGGAUUUAUAGCUGCCGCUGAUCCGGCAUUAGCGGCUCAUGCAGAUCUAUUUCGUAAACAUGAAAUUGAUGGAAAAGCUCUUUUGUUGUUAAACUCAGAUAUGAUGAUGAAGUACAUGGGUUUAAAACUAGGCCCAGCAUUAAAAAUCUGUAACCUGGUAUCAAAAAUAAAAAAUCGCCGCCACUAUAGCACC